AUGAAGCCAGACCGCCAGCCGUUCCGCAAGUAUGAUUCUCAAGAUAGCGAUAACCGCGAUAACACCUUUAUCGCCCUGAUCGAAGCAAAAACGCCGAACCCCGAUCCUGCGGAUGGACAGGUUUUGUCGAGAGAGCGAAGAGGAAGCGAAAUGGAGAGGAUGAGGGUCAGCAGGGCAGCAGACAAACAAGCGACCAAGUCGGGGGAGUGUCUCGGUUAA